AUGGCUACUCUUCGUUCCGCCGUUGCUAAGGCUUCCGAAUCCUGGAAGAUCAAGCUUUCCCAGCGCCCCCCUCUUACAAAGGUUAUUCAAGACUUUAAUUUUAACACUGGGUACUACAAUCAAAUCGGUCUCCUUUGGCAUGAUAUCAUGCCUCGCAAUUCUGUUGUGACCGAGGCAUUUCGUCGUCUCCCUCGAGAGGAGCGCGAAGCCAUUGAUUUUCGUUUAGCGCGGGCCCAUCUUCUCUCCGCUAAUAAGACUAUUCUACCAAAAGAGGAGUGGACCAAAGAAGAGGAUGAUGCCCCAUACCUCGAACCGUACAUUAAACUGGUGGAACGGGAGCUGCGUGACAAGGCUGACUGGGACAAUUUCGUUUCACCCAGGACCUAUCCCUAG